AUGGGUGGCAAAGAGAUGAUGAACUUGAAGUUUUGUUGCUUGUUGUGGGUGUUGAUGGUCGGCGUAUUGUGGAGUGGCAGUCGAGUAGUUGUGGCACAAGAUUAUGACAACGUGGGUGGUGUGGGGGAUGGAUUUUCUUCGCCCGGUACAACAUGGGGAAAUAAUAAGAUAGUUCCAGCAAUGUACAUAUUUGGAGACUCGCUAAUCGACAAUGGGAACAACAAUGACUUGAAUUCUUUUGCUAAGGCUAAUUAUUUUCCUUAUGGAAUUGACUUCAAUGGAGGUCCUACUGGUCGAUUCUCCAAUGGUUACACCAUGAUUGAUGAAAUAGCACAAUUGCUAGGAUUGCCACUAAUACCAGCCUACUCCGAAGCAUCUCAUUCUGGAGAUCAAAUGGUUCACGGUGUCAAUUUCGCUUCUGCAGCUUCUGGAAUCCUUGAUAUUACAGGCCGAAAUUUUGUGGGUCGUAUCCCGUUCAACCAACAGAUUAAAAAUUUUGAGGAUUCCUUGGACCAAAUAUCGGGCAAUAUGGGGCCAGCCGGUGUAUCUCAGAUGCUUUCUCGAAGCCUUUUCUUUGUAGGAAUGGGUAGCAAUGACUACCUAAACAAUUACCUCAUGCCAAAUUACAAUACUCGUAAUCAGUACAAUGGCCAACAGUUUGCUGACCUUCUGUCUAAGGAAUACACUACCCAACUCACUAAACUUUACAACCUUGGAGCACGAAAAUUCGUUUUGGCUGGGUUAGGAUUGAUGGGCUGUAUUCCAAGCAUCUUAGCGCAAAGUACAACGCCCGGGAGGGGAUGCUCCCAGGAAGUGAACCAGCUGGUGCUACCUUUCAAUGCUAACAUGAGGACCAUGAUUAAUAACCUGAGCAUUAAUCUCCCUGGUUCUAAGUUCAUCUUCGUUGAUGUUCAUAACAUGUUCCAAGAUUUACUUGCCAAUGCUAGAUCCUAUGGAUUUCGUGUGGUGGAUAGGGGAUGUUGUGGGAUAGGUAGACACCGAGGACAGAUAACGUGUUUACCAUUCCAAACGCCGUGUCCAAACAGGAAUGAGUAUGUGUUUUGGGAUGCAUUUCACCCAACAGAAGCAGUGAAUGUACUGAUGGGAAGGAAGGCUUUUAGUGGUACUCCUGAUUCUGUUUAUCCGAUCAACAUUCAACAACUAGCAAACAUAUGAUGGUGACUUUGUGCAUGUUAUAAAGCCGCACGCUGUGAUGAAACACAUGUAGGUGUAUUUUCUG